GACGUAACAACUCUGUCACUCAGUCACAAGAGGUCGAUAAAUCACACGUCACACAAUGUACGGGAGCUGACUCACCAUUUGGACAACAUCAGCUGUUAUGACAUGGGAACCUACCACUGCAGUGGAAAAUAUUUGAACCAAGCUAUCUUUUUUAAAAAUUUGGAAAUAAUCGUCAAAAAUUGCGUACAGCCGUGCUCCUAUCAAAACUCAACUGUAGAGAUACAAGCACACGAGAACGACAAGAUCCAGUUAGAGUUUUGUGUCGUUUAUAUUGGAGAUGUUCUUCCAAUUUUUCCUAUCUACUUGGAUGGAAAAAAACUGCAUAACUCCAAUCAAACAUGGCGACCUUUCAAGGAAGGCAGACAGAAACACUGGAUCAUCUUGGAAAUAGAAACAAAUAAAAGUAGAAUAAAAGCCGUUUAUGAAGUUCAUAUUUGUCCAACUCAGAAAAUAAUAUUUGAAGUUACAACAUUAACUCAACAAGGAGUGACAUAUCCGGAUAAUAAUAAACUUUUCGUCCAGACAAUAACAGUAUCUAUAACUGCAAGUCUGAUUGCUCUAUGUAUCACAGGGAUAAUUACUGAAGUGGUACGCAGAAGACGAGGAAAAAUAUUAGAACUAGCUCGCCGAACUGACAACUAUUCAAUGGUGCCAGUAAACUCCAAUGACAGCCACAAUUACCUGAUGCUACAUCUUCAACACUUCUCACUGGAACCAAUGGCCCACACGUUUUCGCUGGAACCAACCGCCCAGACUUUGGAACAAAGGAACGAGGAACCCAUCACUCUCUCCAGCCAUGAUAGUAACUACAUAGAGAUCAUCCAAGAACCGGUACACUUGAGAUAUACAGACAGCGAUUACAUUACACCGAUUGACUAUUUCUUGUCUACUAAUUAACUCGUUUCUUGAGUUGUGUCAGGCAAAUGAUCAUAUUUCGGUUUGUUUUUGUUUGCGUACGUAGAUAGAAGGUGUGUGAGAACGUAUAUGGUCGCCUCAGUGCAGUCCAGUUCUUCUACAAGGUUAUGUAAAUUAGUUUCAUGUACUUUUUAAUAGCUACUGUAUCGCAGUUUGUGUAUUCGUGUUUGUUAGCAUUUAGACUAGCAUGUGUUUGUGCAGACAGCGUAGAUGUUUUGUAACCCGUUUGUGGUUUUUAGUCUUAUAUAAUGCCCGACACACAGGAUCACCCGUCAAGGCGUGUCCGUGCGUUCACAACACGCAUGCCUUCAUUUUAGAAAAUACGUUAAACAACUUUAUAACCAUAAGCAUUU